UUUGGCGGUUGUCUCGCGUUGUUCGCUCUUUGAUGUAGUCAAUAAUAAGCAGCUGAUUUGUAUAGACUAUAGGUGAACAUUUUGAUAUUUUUCUAACCUUCUAACUUUAACGGUGCGAACAAAAAACUCACAAUGACAUAACCACAUAACGUUCAGCGAAAUAUCAUGGGAGCUUCAUCGUGAAAUCCGCAACGAUCAUCCUACGAAGCCAAUUGUCACUCGUAAUCAGGCGGAUUAUUGUCGAUUUUCCAUCAGCGGAGUUGAUAAAAUGAAUAUCGUGUGCGUAAUAUGUAGUGAUUUACUGGCACCAUCGGACGAUGUUUUCCAAACACCGUGUGGACAUAUUUUUCACUUCGCGUGCUUAAUACAGUGGCUAGAAAGAUCAAAGACCUGUCCACAAUGUCGGGGAAAGACAACCACGGACAACAUACGCAGGAUAUAUUUCAAUUUCUCAAACAACGACGGUGCUAGGUCUCUGCAAAAUAGAACAAAAGAUUCAGAAAAUCUCCAUAAUCUUAAUGCAAAGAUUGUUGAAAAGGUUAAAAAGUUGAAGAAGCUGGCAGAUGAAGCAAAGGAGUUAAGACGUCUAAUCCAAAAGGUUGGAAAUUUAAUACAAUCGAUACAUCCAGAGUUAUACAAUACAUAUCAGACGUGUUAAAAAGAUAAUAAAACUCCGUGUCUGCAAAUAGCAGAGAGAUUAAGGGAAGCAUAUAAGAACUUAAAGCAAGAAUACAAGUGUCUCAAAUCUACAGAAAACGAAUUUUUAAUAGUAUUACACUAAGCGAGAUACAUAAUGUUCUUGUAAUAUAUAAUGCUCAUAUAAAAUAUAAUGUAAUUUUUAAUUAUAUAGUAAUUACAAUGUGCUACGCGAAAUAUAUAAUGUUCUUGAUA